AGAUCUUGACCAAUGGCUAAGUGAAGAUGACAAUCAUGUUGCAGCAAUUCACUGUAAAGCUGGAAAGGGACGGACUGGUGUAAUGAUUUGUGCAUAUUUAUUACAUCGGGGCAAAUUUUUAAAGGCACAAGAGGCCCUAGAUUUCUAUGGGGAAAGUAAGGACCAGAGACAAAAAGGGAGUAACUAUUCCCAGUCAGAGGCGCUAUGUGUAUUAUUAUAGCUACCUGUUAAAGAAUCAUCUGGAUUAUAGACCAGUGGCACUGUUGUUUCACAAGAUGAUGUUUGAAACUAUUCCAAUGUUCAGUGGCGGAACUUGCAAUCCUCAGUUUGUGGUCUGCCAGCUAAAGGUGAAGAUAUAUUCCUCCAAUUCAGGACCCACACGACGGGAAGACAAGUUCAUGUACUUUGAGUUCCCUCAGCCAUUGCCUGUGUGUGGUGACAUCAAAGUAGAGUUCUUCCACAAACAGAACAAGAUGCUAAAAAAGGAUAAAAUGUUUCAUUUUUGGGUAAAUACGUUCUUCAUACCAGGACCAGAGGAAACCUCAGAAAGAGUAGAAAAUGGAAGUCUAUGUGAUCAAGAAAUCGAUAGUAUUUGCAGUAUAGAACGUGCAGAUAAUGACAAGGAAUAUCUAGUACUUACUUUAACAAAAAAUGAUCUUGACAAAGCAAAUAAAGACAAGGCCAACCGAUAUUUUUCUCCAAAUUUUAAGGUGAAGCUGUAUUUUACAAAAACAGUAGAGGAGCCAUCAAAUCCAGAGGCUAGCAGUUCAACUUCUGUAACACCAGAUGUUAGUGACAAUGAACCUGAUCAUUAUAGAUAUUCUGACACCACUGACUCUGAUCCAGAGAAUGAACCUUUUGAUGAAGAUCAGCAUACACAAAUUACAAAAGUCUGAUUUUUUUUUUUAUCAAGAGGGAUAAAAAUACCAUGAAAACAAACUUGAAUAAACUGAAAAUGGACCUUUUUUUUUUUUUUUUUUUUUUUUAAUGGCAAUAGGACAUUGUGUCAGAUUACCAGUAAUAGGAACAAUUCUCUUUUCCUGACCAAUCUUGUUUUACCCUAUACAUCCACAGGGUUUUGACACUUGUUGUCCAGUUGAAAAAAAGGUUGUGUAGCUGUGUCAUGUAUAUACCUUUUGUGUCAAAAGGACAUUUAAAAUUCAAUUAGGAUAAAUAAAGAUGGCACUUUCCCAUUUUAUUCCAGUUUUAUAAAAAGUGGAGACAGACUGAUGUGUAUACGUAGGAAUUUUUCCUUUUGUAUUCUGUCACCAACCUAAGUGGCUAAAAAGCUUUGUGAAUUACAGGUUCACAUCCUACCCCUUUGCACUUGUGGCAACAGAUAAGUUCACAGUUGGCUAAGAGAAGUUUCUAAAGGGUUUUGCUACCUUCUAAUGCAUGUAUUUGGGUUGGGGGAAUGGAGGGAAUGCUCAGAAAGGAAUAUAUUUUAUGCUGGACUCUGGACCAUAUACCAUCUCCAGCUAUUUACACGCACCUUUCUUUAGCAUGCUAUCAUUAUUAAUCUGGACAUUUGAGGAAUUGGCCGCUGUCACUGCUUGUUGUUUGUGCAUUUUUUUUUUAAGCAUAUUGGUGCUAGAAAAGGCAGCUAGAAGGAGUGAAUUUGUAUUGGGGUACAGGAAUGAACCUUCUGCAACAUCUUAAGAAUCCACAAAUGAAGGGAUAUAGAAACAAUGUGGGCAUAGAAAAGAAACACAGCAACAAUGACUUAACCAUAUAAAUGUGGAGGCUAUCAACAAAGAAUGGGCUUGAAACAUUAUAAAAAUUGACAAUGAUUUAUUAAAUGUUUUCUCAAUUGUAAUGACUGCUCCAUCUCCUGUGUAAUCAAGGCCAGUGCUAAAAGUCAGAUGCUAUUAGUACCUACAUCAGUCAACAACUUACAUUUACUUUAAGUUUUCAAUCAUAUACCUGCUGUGGAUGCUUCUAUGUGCUGCCUGCAAACUUCUUUUUUCUCAUUAAAUAUAAAAUAUUUUGUAAUGCUGCACAGGAAAUUUCAGUUUCAUAUUCUACAGUAAGUGGUUUUUUUUUUUUCUUUAAAGAUUUAUGAUGCACUUAUUCAAUCCAGUAGCUGUCAGCUGUUCCACCCUUUUGACCUUACACAUUCUAUUACAAUGAGUUUUGCAGUUUUGCACAUUUUUUUAAAUGUCAUUAACUGUUAGGGAAUUUUACUUGAAUACUGAAUACGUAUAUGUGUAUAUUAAAAAAAUUGUGUUAAAAAGAAUUAGAGUUGCAGUAAAUUUUCAACACUGCAUAAAUAAGAAGGCUUUUAAUUUUUUGGUAGAAAUUGUCCUACACAUGCUUUAUUGAUUUGCUAUUGAAUAGUUUUGUUUUGUUUUUUUUUAACAUGCAGUGUUAAGUCAUUUCAUAGUGUUAGAGUUGGGACUAGGGCUUCAAUUUCACUUCUUAAACACCAUCACAUAUUUGAUAUGCCCAGACUGCAUAUGAUUUUUAGGAGAUACAACUACUAUUGUAAAGCUAAUGUGAAGAUACUAUUAAAAAGGAUUUUCCCCCCAGAAAUUUGGUGUCUUUCAAAUUAUACCUUGACUUUGACAUUUGAAUACCUAGCCAUUAUAUUUCUUAAUGGUGUAGAAUCCCAUUUUUAAUAACUUAUUGGUGCUGAAAUUGUUCACUAGCUGUGGUCUGACUAGUUAUAAUUUACAAAUACAGAUUGCAUAGGAACUACUAGAGCAGCAUUUAUAGAAUUUAAUGGUAAAUAGAUUAGGCAGAACUUGAUCUAAAAUUUUCUUGGUAAUAAUGACAUUUUCCAUACCUCAUCAAUUUCACUCAACAAAUAAAAUUUUAAAUUUUUAACAAAGCUCCUAGGAUUUACACAUUUAUUAUUAAACACUGAUAUAUAGAGUAUUGAUGGCUCAUAAGUUAAAUUGGUAAAGCUGGAGACAACUAUUCCUAAGAUCUCACCAUUGAAAUUUAUGAUAACCUUGUGUUUCAUAAAAGCUGAAAAUAACUGACUAAAAUGAAAGUCACUAUUCCUGUUUUGAAAUUAGUUAUUAAUAUUGUUCUUUUUUAUAGUUUUGGGCACAGCAUAUUAAAACAUAACUUGUAUUGUUCCAAUAUGUAACAUGGAGGGCCAGGUCAUAAAUAAUGAUAUUAUAAUGGGCUUUUGCACUGUUAUUAUUUUUCCUUUGGAAUGUGAAGGUCUGAAUGAGGGUUUUGAUUUUGAAUGUUUCAGUGUUUUUGAGAAGCCUUGCUUACAUUUUAUGGUGUAGUCAUUGGAAAUGGAAAAAUGGCAUUAUAUAUAUUAUAUAUAUAUAUAUAAAUAUAUAUUAUACAUACUCUCCUUCCUUUAUUUCAGUUACCAUACCCCUAGAAUUUGACAAGAAUUGUUAUGACUGAAAGGUUUUUGAGUCCUAAUUAAAACUUUAUUUAUGACAGUAUUCAUAAUUAACCUGAAAUACAUUCUGUAGGUAAUCUUUCCCAAGUUUCUGGAAUGUUUUCUUAGACUUUUUGGAUGUGCAGCAGCUUACAUGUCUGAAGUUACUUGAAGACAUCACUUAAGAAAGCUUACAUUUGGGCCCUGUACCAUCCCAAGUCCUCUAACUCCUCUUGGACAUUUUUGCCAUAAUUAUAAAAGGGUAGUUGAAUAAACAGCAUCACCAUUCUUUGCUGUGGCACAGGUUAUAAACAUAAGUGGAGUUUACCGGCAGCAUCAAAUGUUUCAGCUUUAAAAAAUACGAGUAGGGUACAAAUUACAUGUUUAGUUAUAGAAAAUUUGUGCAAUAUGUUCAUAACGAUGGCUGUGGUUGCCACAAAGUGCCUCGUUUACCUUUAAAUACUGUUAAUGUGUCAUGCAUGCAGAUGGAAGGGGUGGAACUGUGCACUAAAGUGGGGGCUUUAACUGUAGUAUUUGGCAGAGUUGCCUUCUACCUGCCAGUUCAAAAGUUCAAUCUGUUUUCAUAUAGAAUAUAUAUACUAAAAAAUUUCAGUCUGUUAAACAGCCUUACUCUGAUUCAGCCUCUUCAGAUACUCUUGUGCUGUGCAGCAGUGGCUCUGUGUGUAAAUGCUAUGCACUGAGGAUACACAAAAAAAAAAAAAAAAAAAAAAAAAUGUGUACAGGAUAAUGCCUCAUACCAAUCAGAUGUCCAUUUGUUAUUGUGUUUGUUAACAACCCUUUAUCUCUUAGUGUUAUAAACUCCACUUAAAACUGAUUAAAGUCUCAUUCUUGUCAUUGUGUGGGUGUUUUAUUAAAUGGGAGUAUUUAUAAUUUCAAUUGCUUAAAUCCAUUGAAAUUUUAAAUAAUGGGCAGCCAAAUAUGAUUAAGAAGUUUUCUGUAAUUUUUUUUCCUCUGCUGUCCUUCAAAACCUAUUAUAAAAGAAUAGCCUUUGUCAGUUUGAGAGUAGAGUAUAUGUCUACUCCUGUGGCUUUUCUUUAUAAUUCUGUACUCUGCCAUCAACAUCUGGGAAGCAUCAUCUACUCAGUGUGACUUGUGCCAUAUAAAAAUUGAUAUUCCAGAAUAGUCUAAAGGACUUGUGUACUUGAAUUUAAUAUUGUUAUUUGUUAAUAUUCUUGAAAACUUAAAGACUAAGGUAUAUCCUUUCAACAAAACAUAAGGUAAUAAGUGAAAGUAUAGCUUGUACAAAUGUUUUGAAAGUAAAGCAGACCACUAAUGUAAAAGUGGAAUUUAAUGUUAUUUCAAGUUUUAUAAUGUUCUCCAUGUGACUUUUUAAAAGUAAUUGUGAAUGAUGUGUGAUAAUGUAAAGAAGUAUGAAGGCAUAUGUGUAUUCACACACUUUUAUAGGAGUCCUAAUUACUAUGGAUGAAAACAAUUCUGGAGUCAAGUAUUUUGAUUUACAAGAUAUUUUGGUGAUGUUUGAUAAAUAGAGUUUACUGGCAUUUUGUUUUAUAUUAUGUCCUCACUAUGCUGUAAUUUGAGUUAGCUUGGUUCACGUGAAUGCCAUCACCAUUUCCAUUGAGAACUUUAAAAUCACCAGUGUUUAACAUGCAGGCUUCCAAAAAAAUCAAGACCCUUACAUUUAACUUACUGUAAACAUGAAACUCUCUUGGUUCUUUUAUUUUUGCCAGAUGAUUAGCAAUAUAUCAAAAGUUUAGUCUUAAAAUGGCUUAACAUGUAACUUUUAUUAAUUAGCAGUUGCUAGUGUAGACAGAAAUAUUUUUGAAGGGAACAAUAAUACUCAAUCCAAACUGGUGUAGGAACAGUACCUAAAAAGUAAAUAAGGUAAUGGAGAAAAACAUGAGAGUUAGAGACUGAUUUUCCUAUAGAAUUUUAUAAUGAUAGGAAGACUGGUGGUAAGGUAAAGCUGCUUUAAUCUAGCUUUUUUUUUUUUCCUUCCAGUACUGGGGAUUGAACCCAAGGUGCAUUACCACUGAGUUACAUUCCCAGCCUGUUUUAUUUAUUAUUUUGAGACAGGGCCUCACCAAUUUGCUGAGACUGGCCUCAAACUUUCAACCCUCUAGCGUCAGUCACCUGAGUUGCCAGGAUUACAGGCAUGUGCCACUGCACCUAGCCUGUUUUUCCAUCUUUCAAAGAGAUCUUUUAAGUGUAUUAGAAUGUAGGUAGCCACUGUGACAAACUGAUGUUGGUUGGUAGCUUUAAACGUUUGCAAUGUGAAGAAAGGAAAGGACAAAAUAAUUUCACUGGUAGUACUCUGGUUCUUAAAUUGGCUAUUUUUAGAAUAUUUUCCCAGCAAAACAACAAAAUAAUCAUAAUCCCACCUCCUGGAGACAUAGCCAUUAUUAAUACUUUAGUGACUAUACAAUCAUUUUUUCUGUAUAUUCAUGUAUAUAUUUUCUUUAAAAAUGGAAUUUAUACUGUGCAUAUUCUCAAAACCUUUUAAUUUUGUGUUUCCAUCAUGAAUUUGUAGAAUGUUCCUUUGCCUCAGAAAAUGAAGAGUGAUUUGAUCACUUUCUAAUGCUACAGAAGUAGAUUUUGUGUAGUUACUGAGAGUCCUUUCCAAUUCAGUGGGUUAAUCAUGAAUGUUUAAAUAUCGUUGGCAUUAAAUACAUGUCUAAGUAAAAGUUACAUUUAUUUAGCAUAGACAAGCUGAACUUCAAGCGCCAUUUUAAACAAAGCAGAAUGUGUGAAACAGUGUUAGUUAAUUUCAUCACCUUUCUAUUCCUCUUUUAGAUUGGAAAAAAAUUUUAACUUUUUGUUUUUAAUAUUCCCAAAUAACUUGAUUUGGAGCAAAUUAAUUUAAUCAUCACCCCCCCGCCCCACAAGUAAAACUGCUUUUAUCACUGGUUUAUCAUUCAAUUGUCUUCAAAUCUGUACUCUUGUGAUUUACAUCACAUCAAAAACUUGAAAUUUCAUACAUCACCCUUUAGCUCUGAAACCAUGUUUAGUACUAAGGUGGAUUUAAAACAUACAAUUCUUUUUGACAAUUAUUUGAGAAUUUUGGUGAAAAAACAUUCAGCUGAGGGCAGUGUAUAACUUAUAAACCAAUGUAUUGAUACUUUAAAAACCUUUUUACAUAUAUGAGUAAGUUAACUGCCAUCUUUGAGCAUUAUCACAUUUUAAAAUAAAGCUGCCUAUUUUUAAAUGAAGUGUUUAACAAGGAUUUAUAUUUCUCAUUUUUUAAGAUUAAAAAUAAUUUAUAUUUUCUCUGUUGCAUGUGGAUUCUUAUAAUGUAGAGAUUUGUUUGUGUGGAAUGGAGCAAGGCUUGUAGUCAUGGCUCUAGUGAUUCAGUUUACCAAAUUUGUUUAGUGAAAUUCUUAAUGUUUAGGUGUGAUUUUUCUGUAGCUAUCACUGGCUAUUAUUUAUAUGCGCCUUUAGGAUUUUCUGCCUAUUCUGUAGAGUUGUCCAAACAGUAUCCCACAUUUGCAAAUGUCCUUUCAACAUCUAAUUUCUGUUUCUAUUAAAUUGCCCUCACGCCCUAAUGAGCAGUUUGUGAGUGUGUGCAUGUGUAUUGUUUGUGGAUGUGUGUAUGAGUGAAUUAGAUUUUCAAGAAUGCUAAACUCCAAGUUUAAAGAUUAAAAAGUUUGAUUCAGGCAAGCAUUUCUCACUGGAAUUUCACAGUUCAUUGUAAUGAAAAUGUUAACCAUAGAUGACCUUUGACAUACAGUAACCAAUCUUGAAUAUAAAUGGAUUUGUUAGUAGCAUCUUGAUAUAUGCAUUAAUGAGUUAUUUUUAAACUUGUGCGUUAAACCAAAGUUGGUGUUUUGAAAAUGUUUAUAUUGAGUUCCAUUUGGCUACUGAUGGACAUAAGAAUAGAAAUGCCUUCCUAUGGAGAGUAUUUUUCCUUUAAAAUUAAAAAGGUUAAUUAUUUUGA